GGACUUGAGACUCCGUUAAAAAGCUUCAAAACCUUGUUCGAGCCCAUAAAUCUGUCGUCCCCAAUUUAGGGCACCCAAUCAAUCUCCAGUCGAACCUGCAAAAUUCCCAUUCAAGCAUCGCUUACAGUGACACCGAAAUCCGUCGUAAGUUUUGUAGUUUUGAGUGUUGAGAAUGGAUGUGGAGAGGUAUGAGCAGCGUGAGGAGAGAUAUGAUCGAGACGACUCGCCGGUUUCUGAUGAUUUAGAGGAGAAUGGGAGCAGGCAUAGGAGCAAGGAUAGGAAGAAGAGUAGCCGAGGGGAGGAGAAGGAUGGUAGAAGUAAAGACCGGGACAGGUUGAGGAGAAGCGGCGGCGACGAUGUCGCCAAGGAUAGGGAGAAAGAAUCUAAGGACAGAAGGAAGGAUGAUGGAGACGAGCGGUAUAAGGAUAGGAGUAGAGACAGUAAGGUGAGGGAGAGGGAGUAUGAUCGAGACAGAAAGGAUCGAGGGAAGGAAAGGGAGGUAGAGAAGGAUGGUGAAAAGGGACGGGAUAAGGAGAGGGCGAAAGAGAAGACUAAGGAUAGGGAAAGAGACAGGGGAAAAGAAAAGGAGAGAGAAAAACAGAAAGAUAGAGAGAAGGGGAAGGAAAGCGUGAGGGAUACAGAUAGGGAGAAGGGGAAAGAUAAACAUAGGGAAAAGGAGAGGGAGGCGGAUCAAGAUAAGGAGAUGUCAAGAGGUAGACAGAGUAAGAGAAGUGUGAAUGCUUAUGAGUCGAACAAGAUUGGGGAAAUAGAUGACAGUACUAAGCUUAGUGAUGAUGAUAACAUGGAUAAGAUCUCCCAUAAUGCUUCAUAUGAACAGAAUUCCGAGCCUUUGUCUGGUGGAGCACAUCUGUCAGCAUCCGAGCUUGAGGAACGCAUCUUGAAAACAAAGGAAGAGAGGUUAAAGAAGAAAACUGAAGACAUUCCUGAGGUUUUAGCAUGGGUUAAUCGGAGUCGUAAGCUCGAGGAGAAAAGGAAUGCUGAAAAAGAGAAAGCUCUGCAGCUUUCAAAAAUAUUUGAGGAACAGGACAAUGUUGGCGAAGAAAGUGAUGACGAGAAUGCAAAUCACGUUAUGGCUCAUAAUUUAGAUGGGGUUAAAGUUCUUCAUGGCAUUGAUAAAGUGAUAGAAGGUGGGGCAGUUGUUUUAACACUUAAAGAUCAGAAUAUUCUUGCUGAUGGUGAUAUUAAUGAAGAUGUUGAUAUGCUUGAGAACGUGGAACUCGGCGAGCAGAAGCAACGAGAUGACGCCUACAAGGCAGCGAAGAAGAAAACAGGAAUUUAUGCUGAUAAGUUUAACGAUGAUCCUACUUUAGAGAAGAAAAUGCUUCCACAAUAUGAUGAUCCUGCUGUAGAUGAGGGGCUAACACUAGAUGCUAGAGGACGUCUUACUGGUGAAGCAGAGAAGAAACUCGAAGAGCUCCGUAUGCGGCUACAGGGUGGGUCCUUGAAAAUUCGCUCUGAAGAUCUCAACAUGUCUGGGAAGAUCACAUCCGACUACUAUACGAAUGAAGAAAUGCUACAAUUAAAAAAAACUAAGAAAAAGAAAACCUUUAGGAAGAAAGAGAAGCUAGAUCUUGAUGCCCUUGAAGCAGAAGCUGUCUCUGCAGGGCUGGGUGCCGCAGACCGUGGUUCCAGGAAGGAUGGAAGGAGGCAGGCCACUAGAGAGGAGCAAGAAAGAUUGGAAGUCGAGAAGAGAAAUAGUGCAUUCCAGUUAGCAAAAGAUAAAGCAAAUGAGGCAUCUAGAGCAUUGCGACAGGACAUUCUUUCUGUUAAGGCAGAGGAAGAUGACACUCCUUACUUUGCUGAUGAUUAUGAUGAAAUUGAUAAAGCCUUGGAGAGAUCAAGGAAAAUAGCUCUAAAGAAGAAACAGGAGGAAAUGGUUUCUGGUCCAACGGCCAUUGCCCGCGUUGCCGCUGCAGCUGCAAGCAGCACAACUGAUGAUCAAUUUUCGUCUAUUGGACAGUCACAGGAAAACAAGGUUGUAUUCACAGAGAUGGAAGAAUUUGUCUUGGGCCUACAGCUUGAUGAAGAAUCCCACAAUCCUGAAAGUGAAGAUGUGUUUAUGCAAGAAGACGACGAACCCAAGGCUUCUGUUGAAGUAGAAAUGGGCGAGCCUAGUGGUUGGAGUGAAGUUAAUGAAAUUGAAGAGAACAAAGCACAAUCUACUAUCGAUGAUAAGGAGGAGAUAGUUCCAGAUGAAACUAUCCAUGAAGUGGCAGUUGGGAAAGGCUUGUCAGGUGUUCUGAAGCUUCUUAAGGAGCGAGGUAAUCUCAAAGAAGGUAUUGAAUGGGGUGGUAGAAACAUGGACAAGAAGAAGAGCAAACUUUUAGGCAUUGUAGAUGAUGAUGAGGAGCCAAUGACCCAUAUGCGUCGGAGAAAGGAUGAACAAAAGGAUACUCGUUCAUCAGGCCAUCAAAAGGAGAUGCGUCCACCUAAAGACUAUCAGGAAAAGGAUAUUCACAUUGAGAGAACUGACGAAUUUGGGCGAACUAUGACACCAAAGGAAGCCUUUCGGGUACUAUCUCAUAAAUUUCAUGGGAAGGGUCCUGGAAAAAUGAAGCAAGAAAAGCGCAUGAAGCAAUACCAAGAAGAACUCAAGUUGAAGCAGAUGAAGAGUUCAGAUACACCAUCAUUUUCUGUGGAGAGGAUGAUAGAAGCUCAAGCUCAGUCACAGACACCCUAUAUUGUUCUCAGUGGCCAUGUUAAACCAGGGCAAACUAGCGAUCCUAGAAGUGGUUUUGCUACUGUGGAGAAGGAUCUUCCAGGGGGCUUGACGCCCAUGCUUGGUGACAGAAAGGUCGAACAUUUUCUGGGGAUAAAGCGCAAAGAUGACUCGGCAAGUUCUGGCACACCAAAGAAGCCAAAAACUUGAAAAGUUCACGAGUAAAGAGCAAGUUGCUGAGGUUUGUUGGCUUGGGUUUUCUCAAAAAACUGACUGUAAAUAAGCUUUUGACAAAAGGGCUAUGGAGAAAAACCGAAGGUAGGUUUCAGAGUGUUUGUCAGUAGAAUAAAAAAUAGAUGCUGGUUUCACUUUCUGAUACUCUUAGUCCACAGAAAACUAUUGUUGAGCAGGGUUAUUCUAUUACCCGUCCAAGAAUUUCAUUUCAUCUCGGGUUGUGAGUCAUUCUUCCGACUAACAGCUCGAGUAUUGACGUCUGAAGACUGAAGUCUGUCUCUGGUUACGACUCUACAUAGCGGGUGUGAAUUAGUAUAGCCAUCAAUGAAUGUGGUGGCCUGAUUGUUUGUGCCUCCUGCUAUUUCUAUGUAUACAUAGUUGGUGCUAAGAGAAGUAUUUGUGACCGAUGGGUACAUUAUCAUUAUACAUUACAGUUUCAUCUCA